UCUUUAGAUUGUCAAUUGCCCAUCUCUUAAACCCAAAACCUCGCAAUGGCACUCUCUAAACCAACCUUGUUCGGCCACCUUAAAACCCUAGUCGCCCACCGCCACCGCUACCACCAUAACCCUCCGUCUAUUAUCACUAUCCGUUUACUUUCCUUCUCCUCCUCAGAAGAAGCUGCAGCAGAACGACGUCGUCGCAAACGCCGCCUCCGUAUUGAACCCCCACUUUCUUCACUCCACCGUUCUCAACAACAACAAUCACAGACCCAACAAAUCCCUAAACCCAUUCAAAACCCUAACGCCCCUAAACUCCCCGAACCCAUCUCUGAAGUCUUGUCCGGCAAACGGAAUGACCUCCAUAAUCGUAUCUUAAAGCUUAUCCGCGAAAAUGACCUUGAGGAGGCUGCUCUUUUCACCCGCCACUCUGUCUAUUCCAACUGUAAACCCACCAUUUACACUGUCAAUGCAGUUCUCAACGCCCAGCUCCGUCAGUCUAAAUACUCAGAUCUUCUUUCCCUUCAUCGCUUCAUUAUUCAGGCGGGUGUGGCCCCUAAUAUUAUUACCCACAAUUUGAUUUUUCAAACUUAUCUUGAUUGCCGAAAGCCAGAUACUGCGCUUGAACACUAUAAGCAGUUAAUCAAUGAUGCUCCCUUUAAUCCAUCUCCUACUACUUAUAGGAUUUUGAUUAAAGGGUUAGUGGAUAAUGGGAGAAUUGAGAAAGCUUUGGAGUUGAAAGAGGAGAUGGUGGAAAUUAAGGGUUUUACACCGGAUCCAUUGGUUUAUCACUAUUUGAUGGUUGGGUGUGUUAGAAAUUCUGAUUCUGAUGGGGUUUUUAAGCUUUUUGAAGAGUUGAAAGAGAAGACGGGUGGGGUGGUAGAGGAUGGAGUUGUUUAUGGGGCUCUAAUUAAGGCUUACUUCAUGAAGGGAAUGGAAGAAGAAGCGAUGGAGUAUUAUGAAGAGGCUGUGGGGGAGAAUUCAAAGCUUAAGAUGAGUGCUGUUGCAUAUAAUUCUGUAUUAGACGCAUUGUGCAAGAAUGGCAAGUUCGAUGAAGCUUUGAAGUUGUUUGACAGAAUGAUACAAGAACAUAACCCACCUAGAAAUUUGGCUGUUAAUCUGGGGAGUUUUAAUGUGAUGGUUGAUGGUUAUUGUGCACAAGGGAGAUUUGAGGAAGCCGUUGAGGUUUUUAGGAAAAUGGGUGAUUAUAGAUGCAAUCCAGAUGUAUUGUCAUUCAAUAACUUGAUUGAUCAGUUGUGCAAAAAUGGAAUGUUGGUGAAGGCCGAGGAGCUUUAUGGAGAAAUGGAUGGAAAGGGAGUGAAAGCUGAUGAGUAUACUUAUGGUUUGUUAAUGGAUACUUGUUUUGAGAAUGAUAGAGUUGAUGAUGGGGCUGCAUACUUUAAAAAGAUGGUGGACUCAGGGUUGAGACCUAACUUGGCAGUCUAUAAUAGAUUAGUUGAUAAGUUGGUUAAAGUGGGAAAGAUUGAUGAGGCAAAAUCGUUUUAUUAUUUGAUGGUGAAGAAACUCAAGAUGGAUAAUGCAAGCUACAAGUUUAUGAUGGCAGCAUUGGCUGAUGCAAGGGAUAUGGAUGAGUUACUUAAAAUGGUUGAUGGAAUGUUGGAUGAUGAGGCAAUUGAGUUUGACUCAGAGUUGCAGGAAUUUGCUAAGGAACUAUUGGGAAGGGAUGGAAGAGAAGAGGAGUUAACAGAGCUUAUGGAGAGGAAGGAGAGGGAGAAGGCAGAAGCUAAGGCUAAGGAGGCUGAGGCAGCGGAGGCUGCAAAAAGAAGUGCAAAAGCUGCUGUUGCUUCUUUGCUUCCCUCCAAGUUGUUUGGAAACAAAGGAAAAGAGUCUGAGACAGACUCAGUGGAGAAAAAAGAAACUGUUGAGGAGGCAAAUAUUGUAGGGUCUACUCCUCCCGAGGCAAAUUUGAAAUAAGUGCUUGAAUCCAAUAUGGAGGAUAUGUUAUAUUGCAGAGAGAUCCUUAUUGGGGCAGAUGUCCAGAGUAUUGAUGUUGUGGCUGUUGUGGUUGUUGAUGUUGUCUGUAAGAUGUUGCCUUUAUUUUCAUCUGGAAUUUGUUUUACGUGGGUGAUAUGGUCUUCAAUUGGGAUUUUAGUUGCUGUAAUGGUUUGAAAGUUGUGCACAAGAAUACCUAUAGCUGAUGCAGCACACGAAAUGGAUCUGUUACUCAGUAGUCCUCUUGCUGAUGCUAAAUAUCAAACGUAACAUGCUGGUCUAAAUUUCACAGCUGCUGUAAUUGGACAUGAUAACACGUUUCUGUUUGGUUAUUUGUUUGGGGGUUUCAUUAGAAUAUAUAAUAUUUAACCCCAACAUGUGAAAGUUUCUAUUAUUUUGCUUAAUAUAGUGAGUAGCAUACGAGUCCGUGAUU